AUGACCGCCGCCAAACUGACCGAGGCGUGCCUCUACUCGGCCACCGUUAUCUACAAAAUUAGGCAUAACAAUGACUUCAAAGCGUUUUCAACCUUCGACUUUGAAUCAGUAUAUAGUAAGUUUCGUUAUUCCACCGACCCCGCCUGUCUCCUCUGCCAGCUGCGUGACUACGUCUACGCCUGCCACCACCAGUUGGAGUUCCUGAAGGCGCAGUGUAAUCGGGAUAAGUCCCUCGGUGGUUGGCAGAAUUGUAAGUACGGCAGUGACAUCAAGACGCCAUCUCCCCUCCAGGCGUUCCUGACUGACGGCUGGGACUGCGACUUCAAGACUCACCCCUUCGACCCGUGCAACCUGUGCCUCAAGAACCGGGUCAGGAUAAGAUUUAAGAAAAGAGAUUUGCCUGAGAAAUUACAACUGGGAAAUGUUAUUUCCACCAUCCUCACUCCCAGCUGCGGCGGUGAGCAGCAUGAUGCGAUGCGCGUUGCAAAUUAG